AGCCACAGCUCGGCUAAAGGCAAAACACGAGGAGUUGUUGAGACACCGUUUAGUUUUUGACGGAACUGUCCCAUGAAAUGUCUUAAUGUUUCCGUGUGUUGAUGGAUAAACACACUCUAUAAAGUUUUAUUUAUUCUGCUAAUGUAGCUAGUCUGUUUGCUAGGAAGAGUUGACAUCUCACUGUUGGCUUCAGGUUAGCUAACACAGUCAACAUAGGAGCUGCAAUAAAUAGAGCUCCCGAUGCGGCUAAAGGACCCUUUCUCUUUGAAAGCCGUCGAUAUGACUAAGCGCACGAAUAAACCGAGGAAACCUCGAGACGAAGAGUCGUCAGAUGAAGUCAGUGGGUUGACUUGCCAGCAUGUAAGUAAGGCAGUGGACCUGAGCUCAGUGAAGAAGUCUGUCCUGUCCAGCGUGUGGUUCAUAUGCUCUGAGUGCCUAAAGGAGAGAACCAUGAUCGACGGAGAACCAGCAGCAUCACAUGACAUCCUGGUGUGUUUAAAGUGUGGUUUCCAGGGCUGUAACCACUCUGGUAUCCAGCACGCUGUCAAGCACUAUCAAGCGUUCCAUCCCGAGUCUCACUGCAUCACCAUUAGCUUGAGCACAUGGAAGGCUUGGUGUUUUGAAUGUAAUGAGGAGCUCUCCACUCACUGCAACAAGAAGGCUUUGGCUCAGUCCCUGGACUUUUUACAAAAGCACUCAGUCAAGGCAACGUCAGCAGCAUCACCCAAGAUCAUCAAGCUGCGAGAGGAAGCAUCAGAUUAUUCUGAGCCAGCCAGAGGCAAGAAUCCAACCAUCAACAACACCUUGGUUCCUGUCAAAGGCAUCAAUAACCUUGGCAACACCUGCUUCUUCAAUGCUGUCAUGCAGAAUUUAUCCCAGACGCACAUGCUCAUUGAGCUCAUCCAGGAAGUGAAGGAGAAAGGGUACAAGCUGAGGAUCUUCCCCCCUGUGGACACCAAUCUGAGUCUCUUGACAGUAACGCUGCCCAAUCCAGAGCCCCUGACGGCAGCCAUGUUUCUCUUCCUCCAAACCAUGAAAGAACCCGGGAAAGGCCACGUCAAUCCCAAGAUCCUUUUCAACCAGCUCUGUCAGAAAUCUCCGCGGUUCAAGGGCUACCAGCAACAAGACAGCCAGGAGCUUCUGCAUUACUUACUGGACUCCAUACGAGUAGAGGAAACUAAACGGGUGAGGGCAGGCAUUCUGAAGGCCUUCAACAAUCCCACAGAGAAGACAGCAGACGAGGAGACCAAACGCCAAGUCAAAGCAUACGGAAAGGAAGGUGUGAAGAUGAACUUUGUUGAUCGCAUCUUUGUAGGCGAGCUGACCAACACAAUUAUGUGUGAAGAGUGUGAGCAUAUCUCCACAGUGAAGGAGGCUUUCAUAGACAUCUCCUUACCCAUCAUAGAGGAGAGGAUGUCAAAACCAUCCAAUCCCGGCAGGCUGGGUAAGGGCAGCAAAGAGCAGGACGCCCACUCGGCUCACGCUGACCAGCUUCUUUCUGCAGCUCACUCUGCCAACCGAAACACCAGGAAGCUUAGUGGACAGGUCAGAGUGUGUACAAAGCAGCAGACCAGAAGGGCAUCGAGCUCUGUGGAGGAGAAGGGAGCAGGCUGUGGUGCGGAGCGACCAGAGGAGGAGGGGGUCGCUGGUGGAUCAGCCCAAAGUGUCACAGUUUGCAAGAUGGCCACUGCCGGCAGCCUAUCAGACAGCAGUGAAAGAGACUCCGCUGCUCAGGACAGUAGUAAUGACGCUGACAGUGAGGCCUCAGAGAGUGAGUGGGCCCCACACACCUUCUCCUCCAGGCAGCGGCAUGCGUCCACCCCAUCGUCCACCUCCACCCUCACUCCAUCCCCUACACCCGUCUCUGCCUCCUCCCCCUUAUCCUCGUACUCCACGAGGCAGGGUGGCACUGUGGAGCAGCUAGUUACUGCAGUGUCUAAAGUCAACAUGGGCUUCGGCUCUGGGGAUUGCUCACCUUUCACCAUGCCAUGUUCUCCAGAGGAGCAGGGAGAGGCACAGUCCCGAGAUAACCUCCACCAUAACCAGCACCACCAGGGGGCCUUCCAGUCGCUGUCCCACAGUUACACCCCGAGCUCCAAGGAGUGCUCCAUCCAGUCCUGCCUCCACCAGUUCACCUCUGUAGAGCUGCUGAUGGGCAACAACAAGCUGCUGUGUGAGAGCUGCACCGAACACAGACAGAAACAGCUGCGGAAGAGUAGCUCAGCUGAUAAGAAGUUGGAGAAGAUUUACACCAGUGCCAGGAAGCAAAUGCUGAUAUCCUCUCUGCCUCCAGUCAUCACAUUGCAUCUUAAACGUUUCCACCAGGCAGGGAUGAACCUACGAAAGGUCAAUCGUCAUGUUGACUUCCCUCUGGUCUUGGAUCUGGCUCCGUUCUGUUCAGCAUCAUGCAAGAACCUGGCGGCUGGUGAGCGUGUCCUCUACAGUCUGUAUGGGAUUGUGGAACAUAGUGGCUCGAUGAGGGGGGGGCACUACACUGCAUAUGUAAAAGUGCGCUCUACCCAGAGGAAAACAGAUCAGCACCUCAGGAACCUGUCAGGUGCGAGGGAGGCCAGCGGCAGCUCCCAGGGCCAGUGGGUGUACGUCAGUGAUACCACCGUUCAAACAGUACCAGAGUCAAGGGUACUCAACUCUCAGGCAUACUUGCUCUUUUAUGAGGAAAUGCUGUAAUGUGACCAACAAAAGCAGUUUCCAUAAAAAUAUUUUACUUUGUAUUGUUUUUUUUGAUUUUUGGUAAAGCCUGUACAGCUCCUCUUACUGUUCCUGUGAGUGGGUGGAGGGACGAAAAGGGAAAGGUUUCACUGUACACUCACUUUUCUUACAGAAGAAGAAUGGCCAUUGUACCAUAUCCAAACAAAAUCUAAAUCUGAAAUGGGCACUUUUAAAUAUCUAAGAUAUAUAAAAGAGUAACAGUAGAUGUUGAAAUUAUUGUUUUCUCCUUUGACAUAGUCCUGAUUUUCAUUUGUUUCUAUUAUGAAAAAUUCUACCCUUUUUAUAAGAAGGUUGGGUAAUAGAAAAAAAAAGAUUAUUGAACCUGAGCUAGCAUUAUCGUCUUUGUCCGUCUUUAUCAUCUUUCGGGCCACAAUCAUGUGCCUGAGAUAGAAACUGCAUGAAGGAGCUGGCUACAGCACCUAACAGGAAAUAAGCAGUUAUUGCAUGCUACACUGUCUUCAGCACUGACUAGUUGAUGUCAAUAUAGUGUGUGUGUGUGUGUGUGUGUGUGUGUAUAUGUGCGUGUGUAUGCACAUACACGUGUGUGGGUGGGGGAGAGACAGGAGAAUGUAGUUUUAAGGUGCUGUGUGUAGUAUUUUCUAAUCCGUAUAUGACUAACAGGUUAAAUUGGCAUAGUUGGUAUUAUUAAUAUUAAAACUCAGGACCGGUGUAAUAAAGAUUGGCUCCUGUGUCAGAGCUCUACACAAAAAAAUGUCAUAAAUCAAGGCACUGGCUACGACUUGGUGACAAACAGGCCUGAUUGUAUAUUUUAAUAAAGGUCGGUAAGACAUGUUCUUUGCAGACAUGUUCCUUGACAGUAAAGACACAAGGACAAGUAGUAAUAUCAGUCAAGACAGAGUUUAUAAUCAUACAUUUCAGAAACUCCACUGCUAACUAGGAGAGUCCGUACCUCUGCCCAGGCUGAACAAUCCUACACAUGAUAUCAAUUUCUUAUAGUAGAAAUUAUAAAGACAAAGGGAAGUGGUCUGAAAACCUAAAUCGCCUUUAAUCUGCAUCCACACAGACAUUUUAUUGUUUCUUUUCAGGACAAGGUCCCAUCCGUCCACCAAGUUUGGUGGAAAUGGGAUUAGUAUCUGGGUUUCUUUCAGCCUGUUUAAGAGUGUGGUCUUUAAGUUUGAGAGCAGGACUUUGAGUUUAGAUUUUGUAAUGCUCUCACUCAAAACCCUCCGCUCACACUCACAUAGCUCCUGCUUGUGCUGGUAUUUGCUUUUCUUGUGCUCAAACUGCGCUUGCACUCAUAUAUUUUGUUGCUUGGACAGAUUUCCCGAGCUCCAGCUUCAGCUCUCCUCCUUGUGCUAACGCUGCUUCUGUUCACGCAUGAAACGUCUGCUCUCGGAUUUCUCCUCAGCUCUUGGACAGCUUGGCUGAUUUUAUUGUGCCGCCCUUGUUGUGGGUGUGUUAGCUUUAUGUCUUUGAGAGUCCCACACAUGCAUUCAUAAGUUCAUUACACCUGGUGCUCUGUUGGUUGGGGAAUUUUGACAGACUUGUUGCACAAAAAGAUCCAAGAAACAGAAGACAAAACCAGAGAGUAGAGGAAAUAUCCGAGAGCAGACGUUUGACCCGUCACAGAGGCAGUGUGAGUGCAAGGAGAAGAGCUGAAGGUCGAUCUGAGUACAAGCAACAAAAUAUCUGAGCAUUCAUUGCAAAAUCUGAACGUAAAAUUGAUAAGUCGUUAGAUAAUAAACAAACUGGACACAAGUUAAUCACAUCUCACAGUAGUUUACUUUACAUCCUGAAAUAGCUGCACACAGCUCCUUUUUAAAGAGUAGCACAACAGUUAUUUUACAGCCUACUUUAAAUGGAUUGUUUUAUUUUUCAUCAGAAUGUAUGAAUGUAAGACUAUCAGUCAGUUACAUUUGCCAAAGACGAGUUUUUGAUGCUGCACGUGGGAGCAGAAAAUCCAAACCAAACAUUUGAGGUGUUUACUUCAGCCAGAGUUUCGUUAGCAGUAAUUCUUUCAAUCAGUAUCUCAGAUUGUUUAGUGUUGCUGCACCGACACACACGCCUGAUGCUCUUCAGCCCAACAAAGCACCUUGUUUGCCUUCCAUUGUAUUUCAGCUCUACUGUAACUCUGUGGGUGCACACACAAACCCAUUAAGAAGCCCGACAAAGAGUCAGCAAUGCAACACUGACUUUAUUCCCUAAUAUUAUCAAUAAGGUUGAGCAAAAGCAAAAAUACAUAUAAAAGGCUUCAAGCCGUACUAGAAAAUCUCCUUUGAUGUCCUGUGCAUGGGUUAAUGUUCUCAUGAAUGUAUUGCCUAUUCUUGAAAUGUCUGUCUCAUGAACUGUUCGUCUUUUUCUAUGAAAAUAUUUUGGAUGAAACAUUGGGGGGAACUGUUGGACUUUUGCUAAAACAAUGUAAGGGAAAGGGUUAAACAUGCAUCACAGUCUAGAGGUUUGUUGUUUUCAUUUUGAAAUAAGGACAAACUCAGUGCCUAUGCUAAGGUUUAAGCAAACUGUGCAUGGUGAGAAGAAAAACAUGCAGAGUCCAAUGCAAAGAGGAACCUGUCGAAUAUUUAUGUACAGUAUAAAUGACUAAGCAAAACCAAUAAUAAUGACUUUAUGUAAUUGUACAUACUAGAAGCUAGAAAAUGUUGGUGCUUCAGGGUUUUUCCUCAAAACGGAUGUUUGUUUUCAGAAAGACAUUUAAUUUCAGCAUUGAAAUAAUAAACAUUUUGAAAGAGUAUAACUACAUACUGUAUCAAAAUAAAUCUAAUUUAUGAACUGAA